GGAAAGAAAGUAAUCAUGGGGACCGCAUGUACCAAGACAUCCAGUGGCACAAAAUACACCUUGUUCGUAAAAACGGGUGAUCGAUUUGGUAUGGGCACGGACGCCGCGGUCUCGGUUGCCUUUUAUAACGAGCAAGGACUUCGUUCCCCGGAUUUCAAGCUCGGCAACCUGUUCCAAAACGACUUCAAGUCCGGUCACGUGGAUAAGAUGCAGAUUGUGUUUGAGAAUCACCAGUUUGGAGACCCGGCCCACAUAGAGCUGUCGCGGAACCGAUGUGGACUCGGAGACUCCUGGUUUUGCGAGGUUGUCAGGGUGGUGAACGUGGAGACGAAGAGGGUGCACAUGUUUCCCAUCCAUCGCUGGGUUAAUCCCGAAUCCCCGAUCAAACUGAAGGAGUACGAUGCCGUACUUCCACAGUAUGACGAGAACGUGGCACAGAGACAAGGCGAGCUCAAAAGGAAGAGAGAUCUGUACGUCCCGGUCAGGAAUGAACAAACAGGGAUGAUCACGUACAAGGACCUUCCACCAGAUGAAAACUUCUCCAUUAGCUCGACGUUUGAUCUGGCCGGAAAUGGAGUCAAGCUACUUGCUACAGCAGCAAUAAUGAAUUUCACCGUAGAGACGUGGGAUUCAUUGAAGGGAAUAGAGGAGAUUUAUCGAGAACCCCACUUUCCAGUGCCAUUGGGAGUGCAAAACUGGAGGUCAGACAAAGCAUUCGGCAAUCAGAGACUGGCGGGAUGCAACCCAGCAAUGAUUCGACUUUGUACCGAGAUACCAGAGAAUUUUGCCGUGAGUGAGAGCGAUCUUGAGCCCCUACUCGAAGGACUCACAACUAAAGAUGCCACCAAGGACAAACGUCUCUUCAUCAUUGAUUACAAGUUCCUAAAGGGGUUGCCUUGUUUAAACGAUAGAGAGAUGUGUGCCCCUUUGGCUCUUUUCUUCGUCAACAAGGACAAAUAUUUGAUGCCAGUCGCAAUCCAGUUAUACCAAGACCCAGCGCCAGAUAAUCCGGUGUUUUAUCCAACGGAUCCUGAGUAUACUUGGCUGAUGGCAAAAUGCUAUUUCAACUUGGCCGAUUCGUCAGUGCAUGAGUCGGCCAGUCAUCUUGGAUUUACGCACCUGUUCGGUGAAUCAGUCGUCAUAGCAACGCAUCGAUACUUGGCUCCGUCCCAUCCCAUCUUCCGUCUUCUUGCUCCUCAUUUCCUCUACCUACUUGCCAUCAAUGAUAAAGCCAUGGGUGAUUUGAUGGGAGAGGGAGGCUUCGCCGAUGACGUCAUGAACAUAGGAGCAGUAGGCAUGGCGGAAAUUGUCAAACGUGCUUUUGCGACCUAUCGUCUUGACGUAGAGGGCUCCCUCCAUGCUGACCUUCAGGAGAGAGGAGUCUCUGAUCCAGAAGUUCUACCCAACUACCACUACCGUGAUGACGCCUUGCUCUUACACAAAGCAAUAUAUUGCUUAGUGGAACAAGUGGUGGAACACCAUUAUGACACCCCAGAGAAGAUUGUUGGCGACGAGGAGCUUCAAGAAUGGGCGUGGUUCUUGGGCGGUCAGCCGAAAUGUGAGGGAGACAUCACAGCUGAAAUCAAGGGAUUUCCGAACAGUGGCCGAUUGGAAACGUCAAGAGAGAUCACAACCGUUAUCACCGACUUCAUCUUCACGUUCACCGCUGAGCAUGCCGCGGUGAAUUUCGGUCAGUACGACAAUUUCGGAUUCCCGCCAUCCUACCCCGCCUGGUUGAGCGGCAAACCACCACAUGACAAGACUGCUCUAUGUGAGAAGGAUAUUAUUGACAAGCUCCCAAGCAAGAAACAAACCUUACGGACCAUGGCCAUCACAGCACUCCUCAGCAGCCGUGACAACAAGCCACUGGGAGACUUCGAGGUCCAGUACAUGUAUGAUCCUAUCGGUAUCAAAGCUUUGGAGAGAUUCCGCGCUGAACUCAAACAAAUUGGUAAUACAAUCGACGAACGAAAUAAGACCAGAGAAGAGAAGUACCACUGGCUUCAUCCAUCUGCAGUACCGAAUUCUAUCUCUAUCUAAUAAUAAUGAUAAUAGUGGGUUCUUGUAUAGCGCUCAUGUCAGUCAGAUUUGACCCUUCUAGCUUUCAGAAAAGAGUGAGGUUUUGUUUAAAAGUAUAAGUGACAAACGAAUGUCACUAGCGAUAUUAUUUUCGAUAUAAGUGAUUUGUUUAACAACUGAAAAAGUUGUAUGGUUGAUUUAGAAUCAAUACAGAUCGUGAAAAUUUUCAUAAUUUCACAUGUUAAGAAUGAACUAAAUAUUUAUAUAUAAUAUUAUAUAUGAGUAUGUGUGUGCGUGUGGGUGUGUGGAAUGGGAAAGAUCGAAUUAAGAGAUUAAUAUUGUAUCAAGGUUAUAAU